UCGGGAGUCUUCCCAACUUGCAAUCCAUCUUGAAUAGUCCAUCUCUUUGUUUUGACGCUUCUCCUCUGUAUCUCUCUCAAGAGUAAUUCAGGGCCGUAUUAUACUGGAAGCGGCACCUGAAGAUGCCAGAUUCUGAGCCAGACGAACGAACGAGGUUGGUCAGCUCGCCUGUUUCGCCGGCGUCACCAGCAAACGACGGCGCGGACCGGCCCCAUGAUAGCAGCCUGAUCCACCUCAUCCAGCCUAGGGUUCUUUACUUGUUGACACUUCAAUUCAUUACCAAUUUCGCCUACUACCACAUCCUAGCUCCAAGACUCCGCAUUCUAGAAUUAACUCUGUGUCGCACAUACUACUCAGAUCACGAUCCAUCUUUCAUACAUGAUCUCCCAUACUGGCCAGGCUACGAUAUUACCGAAGACAAAUGCAAGCUCAGCAGCAUCCAGAGAGGCUUGUCUCGACUUCGCGCUGCAGGAGUAUUCCUUGACGGACUCGUCGUACUACUGCUAUCCAUUCCAUACGGUUAUAUCGCAGACCGAUAUGGAAGAAAACUUGUAUACAGCACGUGUACUGUGGGUUUGCUACUAAGUACCGCGUGGAUCAUGCUUAUCUGCACUUUGUACGAUCAUGUUCAUAUCGAUUCUGUGCUGGCCUCCAGCGCAUUCCUAGUAAUCGGCGGUGGCUCAUCAGUGCAGAACGCAAUAGCCUUCACCAUGGGAGUUGACAUGACUGGAACAGAGGACAGCUCAACGAUCCUGUAUCUACUUCUCGCCAUGUACUAUCUCGGCUACAUCUGCGGCAAUGGCCUGGCACCAGCGACGAUGAAGUAUCUUUGGCUACCUUUUUGUCUCGCUUUCAUUUGCUGGGGCAUCGCACUCCUCCUAGUUGUACUGAUGCCUUCAAGUCAGAAGUUUGCGGAGCAGAGCCAGACGAAAAUGCGACAAGGAGGUGUAUUCAGCAAUGUUUUUCCCUCCAAGAUCUCCACGAGGGCGUGGCAAAUAUAUUAUAAAGCUCGCAAUACUGUCCGCAAGAGAGACUACUUGGUGGGUAUAAUUGCUCUGUUCCCUUUAAUGGCUGUACGUGGGCCUGUCAUAGAGCUCGUACUACCGUAUGUUUCUAAACGCUAUCACUGGUCACUGGCAAAUGCUGGUUUUCUUGACGCCAUGAGUGGGAUCAUUGGCCUUAUGCUAAGUUUCUUCAUGCUGCCAGUGUUAGUGACAUAUCUCAAGAAGCAUCCUUCUUUUGGUCCAAUACGCGCUGAAGGAGCAGUUGUUCGGUACAGCGUCUGUGCUCUAGGGUUUGGAGCCCUCAUCAUUGCUGCCGCACCAAGUGUGGGACUAAUGAUACCUGGCUACGUGAUAUAUGCUACCGGCGCAGGUGGUCGCACGGCAAUACUGGCGAUAGCGACCUCACUGGUGUUACCUGAGGAAGUUGCUAGGUUGAAUACGGUCAUAAUUACGUCUGAAGUCCUCGCUGACUUGACUUUGUCUCCGUUCAUAUGGUAUCUUUGGUCUCUGGCUUUGGAUCAAGGUUCAGAUGCAGCUCUUGGAAUACCUUUCUAUGCUGUUACGGUAGUUAUGUGUAUCGUGGCGGCAAUCUUCCUAUACACCACUCGCGACCCUGAUCACUUACUUCGGGCUAUCAGGGAGCAUAGGGAGGACCUCAAUGACUCCACGAACUUCUCAUCUGAAGUCGAAACUGAUGAUAUGACUUGACGGAUUGCGCACAUCUCGAUGUUUAUACCAGUAGAGCUAUACCAUUACUUCCUC